AUGACUGAGUCAGAGAAUGUCGCUCCUGCAGUCAAUGGCGAUAGCGUUGAAGACAAGGUUGUGAGGCAGCUCGAGUAUUACUUCGGCAACAUUAACCUCCCAAGAGAUAAAUUCUUGCAGGAUAACAUGAAACAAGAUGAAGGGUGUAAGUUCAUAUACUUUUUAUCUUCCCCAUGUUGGCAAAUGCGGUCUCUUUUAGGGGUACCUAUCAAGACGCUGCUCACAUUUAAUAGGCUUGCUGCAAUAACAAAAGAUGCUGAUGUGAUUGCGAAAGCAGUCAAGGAUGCCCACUCCGAAAUCAUAAGUAUUUCGGAAGAUGGCCAGAAAAUCCGUCGUAACAUAGGAAAUCCUUUACCUGAAAAUUCCUUGGAGUACUGGCAGAAAAUCAAACAUUGUACUGUGUAUAUGAAAGGAUUCGAGCAGAAUACCAGUCUUGACGAUAUCAUGACUUUUGCUAAAAAGUUUGGACAAGUUGAGAAUGUACUAAUGCGACGUACUAAGCCCGACCGUAUCUUCAAGGGAUCAGUAUUCAUCACUUACAAAACUAGGGAAGAGGCUGAGAAGGCACAAAAAGACGAUGCGAAGUUUGGAGAAAUUGAAUUAAAAAAGAUGAUGCAGGAUGAUUAUUGGGCAAUGAAGAAUCAAGAGAGCAAGGAAAAACGUCAAGCAGAAAAGUUGGCAAAAUCAGCCAAGAAUGCUGCAGAGCAUGCGGAGAAACUGCAAGCCAAGGCUUGUGCAAAAUUCGUUAAAGGAUUAAUUCUAUCUGUUGACGGGCUCCCCGAGGACUCCACAGUUGCGGCUAUUAAGGAAUUUUUUAAGAAAUUUGGUGAUGUUGGAUAUGUUGUCUACGAGGCUGGACAAAGCAAAGCAGAGAUUCGAUUUUCUGGUGCUGAAAAUGGAGCACAAGAAGCAUGGACUAAAGCUGUCGCAUCUGGUACAGAUGGAAAAGUGCUUUUCCAGGAAAAAGAGCUUACCGCGAAGGUGUUGCAAGGAGAAGAGGAGGAAAAUUACUGGACAGCUUUUAAUGCAAGCAAGCAGAACAAAUUUGACAGGAUGAGUGCCCGUCGGGGGCGUGGUAGGGGGCGUGGUGGAUACGGGGGUCGCGAUCGAGGACAGAAACGACCAGCUGAGAAGGAUGAUGCUCCUAAAGGCAAGAAAAUAGUGUUUGAAGAUGAUGAUGGUAAACCUGAGGCAGCCGAAACGAGUGCAGCUGAGGGAAAUGGUAGUGCUUCUGAGAAGGCCAAGUCUGAUAAGCUGAACGCUCCAGAGAGUAAAAUUGAUCCAGCAAAGCCUGUGGAAGGCAAGAAUGAGUGA